AUGGCUCUGGCGUUCGCUGUGCCACAUGCGUCCCAGACGCGGCCAGUUUUGCAACGCUGGGAUGUCAAGGCUUCCAAGCCUGUGACUGCGGUCUCCGGGCACUCGCAGGCGCUGCUUGCUGCCAGCACAAGCGCGGUCGCCCUUGCUGCCUGCAGCCGGAGGAGAGAGCGGCUUGCCAAAGCGUCUAUCUCCAAGACUCAAAGAAGAGCCUUUUUCGAUUUUGGGUCACAGCCCACCAAAAAGACCGUCGUCAUCACGGGCGCCUCCUCAGGGCUGGGGCUUGCAGCCGCCAGAGAGCUCGCUAAGAGUGGCGAAUGGCGAGUGAUCAUGGCGUGCCGGGAUUUCAUCAAGGCGGAGACAAUUGCAAAGGAGAAUGACUUUCCAAAGGACAGCUACCUCGUGCUUCACCUUGACCUGGCAGCGAACAGCAGCGUUCGCCAAUUUGUGGCUUCUUUCCGAGCGUUGAACAUUCCGCUGGACGCCCUAGUAUGCAACGCUGCUGUCUAUUUCCCGAAUGCCCACAAGGAGGGCGCUUUCUUUCCUGGAUUAUUUCCAGGCGGUGGACCUCGAUGGUCAGCUGAUGGCCACGAGUUGAGCUUUGCCACCAACUACCUAGGUCACUUCCUGCUUUGCAACCUUCUGCUCGAAGAUCUCAAGAAGAGCAGUGUCAAGCCUGCACGCUGCAUCAUCCUGGGGACCGUCACAGCCAGCAUCAACGACAAGGAGGUUGGUGGCAUGAUCCCUCCGGUGGCUGACAUCGGACGCCUGGAAGGCCUGGAAGCAGGCAUGAAAGCUCCGGUUACUAUGAUUGACAACGGUCGAUUCAACGGGGCAAAGGCCUACAAGGACAGCAAGGUUUGCGACGUGAUGCUCAUGAGGGAGCUGCACAAGAGAUACCAUGCAAGUACUGGGGUGUGCUUUUCAUCCUUGUACCCAGGCUGCAUUGCGGAUACCGCCCUCUUCAGAGAGCACUAUCCCGUUUUCAGGUUCUUGUUUCCCAUCUUGCAGAAAGGAGUCACCAACGCGUACGUCAGCGAAGAAGAGGCUGGAAAGCGACUGGCAAAGGUUGUGGCGGAUGACAACUAUGCGCAGUCAGGCGUCUACUUCAGCUGGGGCGGCGAGUCUGGAACCGGGGGUGCAGGUGGAGCAGAUGCCGUUGAGAAUGUGGAUGCCAGCGCUGACCGCUUUUUGCAGUAUGGCAGCUUUAGAACUCUUAAAGAGAGUGAGAUUGGCGGAGAGGCUGGUGAUGAUGAGAGAUCUAAAAGGCUCUGGUCUUUGAGCGAGAAAUUGGUGGGUCAGCAGUUCUCCUGA